UAUUUCAAAAUGGUCCGAGUUGGUUCACCAGGUGGGGCGUGUCGGUGAUAGUGAAUGGUCCAAGUUGGGUGCACACCACCUUAAGAAUGUUAAGUUUUGCUCAUUGAAUUUAGUGGAUGUUUUGCCGUAAACCCCUCCAUUUUCAAGGCUAAGAUGUCAGUUGAUAGGCUUAAAAUCAGAGGAGGGGAGGCGGCAGCGUAUGGUGAUGUGACAGUGGCAAGCAGCAACAAUUUGUGCACUGUUAGGGACCAGGAAGCGGCAACACUGCAGGGUCCCAGGCAGUGUGGUGGCGCUGCCUUGUACUGUGUGUUUGAAUCUUCCCAGGUGAAGUGAUGGACAAUGACAGCAGCAGCGAAGAUGAGGUUUUCUUUGGUCCUGUCACGACUAAGGAGAAGCGUAUUGCUGCCAGAUACCACGGAAGGAAGACCCUGAUACUGCCGCAGCGUAAUCCCCUUUAUCGUCGCUGGUCCACAACACACAUCCCUAGUGCUCCUACUGCAAGAAAGGAUGACCUGGUACUGACUUCUCCCUCCAACUCAGAUAGUACCUCAGACUCCCUACCACAACACUGCCACCCUCAUGAGUCCAGUCAAUGCCAAAGGAGCACUGAUGAGUCACCACUGUUGUCACAUGAUGUAAGGGAUAGUGAUCACUCAAGAAUUUCAAGUAAAUCUGUGAGAGACUCACUUGAGGGAAGUCAUCAAGGGAUGAGUUUCCUCUCCUUGACAGAGAGCUCUUGUUAUAGCAGCAUUGAUAAUUUUGCUGAUGAUGAAAGGAGUAUCUCCAGCACAAAAUUAAGUCAGUCUUCAUCUCUACAGUCUGAAACAUCAGGAGGUGCACAGAGGCAUGAACCAUACCUUGUCACAUCACAUUCUCACUUUCCAGUAUCACCCAAGAUUCCUACUACAAACAGCAAAGAAAACCUUUUGCAAUGUCAUUCUCUGAUUCCUAUCAUGCCAGAAGAAAGUGCACAAGAGAAUUUCUCAUCCCACCACUGUGAGCAGUCUUCUGUUUACAGGCCAGCUGCUGAUACUGAGAAGCUAGUCUCACUGUCCUGUUCAGCCUCAGCUGACCUAAAAACAUCUGCCUGCUUCAAUGAGCUUUCUGAUGACUCAUUGGAAAUCAGUGUCAGAAGUCUCAGAAGUCCUAGGAAAUCUGAUGACUGUGAGGUGUCCAACAAUCUCAGAAAGUCUCCUCCCAGAAUGAGUGAGACUUCCUGCAGUUCCAAAGAGUUUAAUUGCAAUGUCAGCAAGUUUCUCUCUACACUGAGAGAAACUGAUAGCAAAGACAUCUCUAGCAUUCCAAAAGAGUCUUACUCUAAUCAUUGUGAAUCUUCUAACAAUGAGAGAAAGUCCAACUGCCUGAAGAAUGAACCACCUAGUUUUCUUGGAGAACCAGACUGCAGAGUUAGUAAGUCCUGCAUCACUGACAAAGAGUUUAAUGUCACAAGAAAUGAAUAUCCUAUCCCCAGAGAGCCUGAUGCUACAGUCUGUAAGUUGCCUAACAUUUCUAGAGAGCCUCAUGCUAUAGGUAGUGAGUAUCUCAACAUUUCUAGAGAGACUGAUGCUACAGACAGUGAGUCUCUUAACUUUGCUAAACAUGCUCAUUCCACAGGCAGCGAGUCUCCUAAUAUUUCUAUAGACUUGGAUACUGUAGUCAGUCAUCCUCCCAGCAUUCCCACCAAGGCUGAUGCUACAGGCAGUCAGUCUCCCAACAUUUCCACUGAGACUGAUGCUGCAGGCAGUCAGUCUCCCAAUAUUUCUACAGAGACUGAUGCUGCAGGCGGUCAGUCUCCCAGCAUUCCUACAGAGACUGAUGCUGCAGGCAGUCAGUCUCCCAGCAUUCCCACAGAGGCUGAUGCUACAGACAGUCAGUCUCCCAGCAUUCCCACAGAGGCUGAUGCUACAGACAGUCAGUCUCCCAGCAUUCCCACAGAGGCUGAUGCUACAGACAGUCAGUCUCCCAGCAUUCCCAUAGAGGCUGAUGCUGCAGGCAGUCAGUCUCCCAGCAUUCCCACAGAGGCUGAUGCUACAGACAGUCAGUCUCCCAGCAUUCCCAUAGAGGCUGAUGCUGCAGGCAGUCAGUCUCCCAGCAUUCCCACAGAGGCUGAUGCUACAGACAGUCAGUCUCCCAGCAUUCUCACAGAUGCUGAUGCUACAGACAGUCAGUCUCCCAGCAUUCCCACAGAGGCUGAUGUUGCAGGCAGUCAGUCUCCCAGCAUUCCCACAGAGGCUGAUGCUACAGACAGUCAGUCUCCCAGCAUUCCCACAGAGGCUGAUGCUACAGGCAGUCAGUCUUCCAGCAUUUCCACAGAGGCUGAUGCUGCAGGAAGUCAGUCUCCCAGGAUUCCCAGAGAGUCUAGUACCACUUCCAGUGAUGGUAUUCUUAGAGAGCCUAACUGUUGCUCAAGUAGGCCUGAAUGCUACCCCACAUACUCUGACUGUAGUUUAAAGGUGCUUGAGCACAGUUCCAUGGAGACUGAUUGCAACCUUAAAGAACCUCCUAGCAAUCCCAGAGGCCCUGAUUGUAGUUUAACUGAAUUACAUAUUAGUUUGAAUAACCCAGAUGGUAGUCCUAAAGAACCUGUGAAGAAAGAACUGGAUAAUAAUCACAUGGAGCUUCUCACUAGUGCCAGGAUUACUAAUGACAGUUCCAUGGACUGUGAUGCUUUGGCAACCUUCCCAGCUUCUCCUAGAUUCAAUGACACCCUUGAGGAAAUAGAACUCUUCCUGAAAUAUGGGAUGAAUUAUGGUGAGGAAGGGACAUCCCCCUUGCACGGAUAUCAAGGAUACAAUACCCCUCCAAGCCAUACUUCUGGAGAUCCUGAAUGCAAUCUAGAACCUCCUUGUAUACCCAAAGAAGCUUUCAGUAAUCCUAGUAUGUCUCCCAAUGAUCUGAAAAAGCCUUCUGGUAAUUCCAAAGAAUCUCAUUACAGCUCUAGUGAGCUUGACUAUAAAACCAUUGAGCCAGAUAGCAGUCUUUCUAUCUGUCCUGUGGAGUCUGUUAGCAGUCAUGGUGAGCCAAACCAUUACUCCAUGGAACCUCUUGCUAGUCUUGAAAAGCCUGGUGAUGGACAUAAGGAGCCCAAUGCUUCAACUUCCUUCUCUGUUUCUCCCAAAUUCAUUGACAGUGUAGAAGUAGAGCAAAUCCAGAAGUAUAGAAUGGACCAUGAAGAGAAAGACACUUUUCUUUCUCAUGGAACUCAAGAACGUACCACCCCAACUCAUAGUUCUUGCUCUAAUGAAUUUCAGUCAUCACUAGAGUUUAAUCAAACUUCGACAAACUUUGUUGAAGUGGUGCAUGUCAAGGACAAAAAAUCAUGUGGAAUAGCUUUAGGAAGAAAGGAACUCUGUGGGACACCAUUACAGAUAGAAGGGACCACUCUGUGCUCAACGUCAAGAUCCAGAACUCGGCAUGGCAGUAAUGUGCAGAGUCUGCCAUCUUUAACUAAGUCUGCUGCCCAGUUAGGACUGACCAAGCCCACCCAAAGAGUCACACCUACCUCUAGAGCCCCACUUAGUCAGCCUCAUUCACAACCUGCAAGGGAGGGUCGAAUCACCACUAUGAAGACAACUCCCACUCUUAAGGUUGUUAAAUCUUCAUCCAACAGCCACACACCAACCACCUCCAGGAUGCAACAAUCCCAAGCAUCACAAAUCAAGCUUCAACUAGAUAGCCCUACAGUAACCCUAACUCCUCGAGCUCCAGGCCUCCCUCCACAUCCGCAAAGAAAGGGUGUUGUUGGACAUUUUGCUCCUAAAAAAACCCAAACCUCAAUCCUGGACAGACAUGAUCGCCGGGCAGUGUGGCACAACAGUGUGGCCAGCCCAUUAGCUAAGGAGUUAAGAAACAACCCUCCACCACCUUUUAUCACUAAUGUAAAGUCUAGUUCAUGUAGCUCAGGCAGAUGGCAACCAUCAACCCCCCAUUCCUGCCAGUCCAGCAUCCAGCCCCCACAUGCCUCAUCAAACAACUUUUCAAAGGGAGGGAGAAGUCAGAAGGUUACAGCUGAAGGAACCUUAAGCCCUCAUAUGAGUCUUGAUGGAGAAGAUGACCAGGUUCUCCCUGUAACAAAUUACAAGCCUGGAAAAUCAGUUAUCCUGGAAAAGAAGAACAAAGAGAAUAUUAAACGCCCGUGUUGCAAGACUACCCCCAUAUUGGAAGCGAAGGUGAUAAAACAUGCAGGUCGUCUGAAGGUCGCAAAGUGCCAGAGUGCCUCCCAGACUCGACAGAGUGGACGUACCUCACUGAUGGAAGUGUCCAUCCACCAGGCUGUCUACAGUGAUUAAUUGGCAUAUGCACACAGAUACAUUGUACAGGUUUUCUAACUGUAUAUCUGGAAACACAAGUAAAACAGACAGGAAUGAGGAAACAUUUGUCCACUAACUACAACUACACACUUUUGUACUUCUUGUCUGUUCCUUAUUAUUAUAAUUAUUAUUAUUAUUAUUAUUAUUAUUAUUAUUAUUAUUAUUAUUAUUAUUAUCAUUAUCAUUAUCAUUAGUAAUAGUAAUAGUAGUAGUAGUAGUAGUAAUUAUUCAUUUUUUCUUUUUUUAUCCAUCUUUAUUUGUUAUUUACUUUUUUAUUUAUUUAUUUAUUUAUUCAUUUACAUAUUUAUGUAUUUAUUUAUUAUUGGAGCUUUUUUCUCAGCAUACCUGAUGCACCACACAUUAUUUUACUCAAAUAAUGUCAUUAUCGCUCUUACAUUUUAUUCAAGUGCACUUAGCUUAUGCCUGAAGAAUUCUUGUGUAUCUGCUUGGUUGUAUUUUAAAUUGAGUCAUGCUCACCAUAUUUUCUCUAUAAAAAUUAGAUUGUCAUAUUUUCCUUAAAUUUGUAUAUAUUGUUUGCAAACACCACUUGUACUGGUAAUGCUUUCCAUUGCCUGAGUGUGAACUAGCAUGUAUGGGGGAGUGGGGAGCCUUAUCUCAGCCCCUGUGUGUGUGGGGCAGCCAAGUAUGUUAGGUAGUGAUGAACAGAUGAUAUUUCAUUAAUUAUAACUUUAAAGGAAGAUUUUCUGCUCUUUCAAAUUUAGAAAAGUUGUGUCAUUGAUAGUUCUUUAGAAAUGUGAUUCUUAUCUCAAAUCAGUGAAUGAGUCAAAAGUUUUGCAAAGUUUAUUAUAAAAUCCCAGUUUUCUUUACAUUAGUUUUCAUGAUAAUUUGGUAUGUAAUCUUGUAUACAUAUAUCUG